GUAGUAGUCCACAAUCUAUGGUUGACAGAAAGUGCUCUUGUGAAACAGUUCCCGUAAAUUUUUCAAAAUACUCCAAGGACCAGGCAUUUCGGCACUAAAAAUUCCUUAUAAAAAUGCUAGGAGUAGAGGAUGAGGAAGAAGAUCUAGAGGAUACCCACCUCUGCAUUAAGUGCAACAGAACGAUAAUUGGUAUUGAAAAUUACGUGAAGCAUCGUAAAGACAAGACCUGUGGUCGAGACAAAUCCUCCUUGACUCUUAAUCGCGUUCAGGAUGACCCUCCCUAUGGUGAUAGAAUGGGGAACGAUGGGUUUGGAUUUAACUAUUCAGGAGAGACACCCAAAGCUCAUGAACCAACUUCUGACGUUAAACUUCCAACUGAGAAUCUUGAAUACCAUUACGAUCUCGGAGCGGAUAUCUUCUUCUCGUCACUGGAACUGCAGAGUAGUUCGAAAAGGAAUCCAACAAAGACACCCCAUGAUCCUAGGGUUUUAACGAGGAAAGCUACAGCUGCUAUCAUGUCUAGUCAUCAUGAAGAUGACUGGAUACCAGAGCAGCAUCACAGUGAAUCGGAGAAGCUGAUGAAGGCUGUAUCAGAGAUUGGGGAUAUGAAGAAGGAUCUUCCAAUUUUCCAUCGUGUAGACUUCCCGCAGGAAUCUGCAGAAUCGAGUUCCGAAGAUGAGGAUAUCGAUGACUUCGGAGCUCCUCCGAGGAAUCACACAGGGGGAAAGUGGAAGCCUCCUGAACCUGGCAUCCCUGCUAGUUCUCCUUGGAGGGCGGACAAUCAUUGGGAUGAGGAAUCCCUGGCUGAGAAGUGGAGCAAACUCGACAAGAGUCAUGAGGCUGAUGAUCCAGAUGACGAUUUCUUCUCCCCUCCUUCAAACCACACGAAAGGAAAAUGGGUUCCUGGAUCUAAGAUCACCAAACUAGACUAUAAGAACACUUCGUCAAGCAGCAAAUCAGUUGAUAAGGUCCCAAAGUGGUGCUACACAUGCAACAGGAAACUUGCAUCUCAGCAAAUGUAUGACCGACAUCUUAAAUCCAAUCUUCACAAAAGGAAGUCCCUGCCUGAAAUUGAGCUGGGUCAGUCUUUUCUGAACCAACAAUCCAGGAUGAGUUACUAUGCGCAACAGAUGCUGGGAAACCCGGUAAAGGAAGAAGAGGAAGCGAAGACAACGAAAAAAGUGAAGAAGGAGAAGAAACUCAAAAGGAUUCGGAGGAAGAUCUAUUCCCGAUGCGAUGUCUGCAGGAUGAAGAUGCGCCAUCAUCUUCUCGGGAAGCAUUUGAUUUCUCACUAUCACUACCGGAGGAUGCAUUUGCAGCCGCAGAGAAGUCUAACGACGGUUCUGAACAACAUCCAUAGGAUUGUGUUGCAGUCUCCGUUCCAGUGUCAACCGUGUAGGUUCUAUGCCAAUACUGAGGAGUCAUUUAUGUCUCACUGGAAUACAACUGGUCAUCAGGAGAAGGUGUCUGGAGUUUCAAGGCUCUACUGUCACUUUUGUAAGUUCGAGUGUCCGGACAACGCUUCGAUGACGCUUCACUUGAUCGGCGUGGAUCAUCAAGAAGUCAUCUGGGCAAUUAAUCGUUCAGUUCCCAUAAUAAUCAGGGAGAAGAUUGUAAUCAAGUGCGAUUCCUGCAAUCGAGAGUUCCGCUACAACAUCGAACUGCGUCGUCACUCAGCUUCCUGCAAACCUCUGAAAAAGGAAAGCAGUGGAUCGGAUACGUAUCAAUCGAAGUUCUUCUGUUCAGAGUGUCAUAUCUUCUUCACGGCCAGAAAGUCUCUUCAGAGGCAUGAUCGUGACGUCCAUUCCAAAAACGUUUACUUCUGUUCUCCUUGCGAGGCGACCUUUGAUACAGCCGAAGCAGCUAAGGCUCAUAGGACAACUCUUGAGCACAAACUGUGCUCGGCUAAGAAGAGGGACAAGAAAGAUCUGAGUAGAACCUGCUCAGUCUGCCAAGAAAAGCUUGAAGACAUUCUCAAGCUGAAGGAACACAUCUUGAAGGUGCAUCCUGAGAAGAUGUAUAGCUGUUCAGGAUGCGGAGAAGGCUUUGUCCUUUCUCAGGAACUAUCAAGACACAAAAGGGAUAAGAAGUGCAUAAAGCUGGAGAAGAUUCUGGAGGAAGCAGAGCCGGAAGAGGACUAUUUCGAAAUGCUCGAACCCGACUUGAAGGACAAUGUUAAGGAUUUCGUCAAGGAAGAGUACGUCAUCCAGGUACUGGAGGCAGAUGAGGAAGAACUCGAAGGGUAUGGACCAGAAGAUGCUUUUGUUUGCAAAAUCUGCAACAAGGAAUUUAAGACGAGAUCCCUGCUGAAGCAGCACCUCCAUGUCCAUCGCGAGAAGGUGCCCUGCAGACGCUUCAUGUGCUCCCAGGAGGGCUGUCAGUUCACAGGACGCAGUGCCGGGGAGGUCAAGAGGCACUUUGGGACGCACAGCACUGAGAAGAAGCAUCACUGCAGCAGUUGCAGCUACCAAGGAAAAACAUGGGAAUCUCUCAAGAGGCACCAGAAGAUCCACGCCAAGGAGGCCAGGAAGGAACUGAAAUGCCCAAAUUGCGAAUACACCACGUCCAAUUCCUCCCACAUGACUCGCCAUUCACGCAUCCACAGCGGAAUCAAACCCUUCAAGUGCCCCCACUGCCCGUACUCCACCUACACCUCCGACAAUCUCUCCAAGCAUCUCCUCAAGACCAAACUCCAUCGCCAGGAAGACAAAUAAAAAGCAAAAAAAAGAGGA